GGGAAAGCUUUCAUCACAUCUCAUAAGUGUCAAAUACAUGAAAGAAUUCACACUGGGGAGAAACCUUAUGCAUGUAAGCAAUGUGGAAAAGCUUUCCACACAGGUAGUCUUUGUCAAACCCAUGAACAGAUUCACACUGGGCAGAAACCGUAUGUAUGUACACAAUGUGGGAAAGCUUUCAGCAGAAAAUCAGGUUGGCAAGUACAUAAAAGGACUCACACUGGUGAGAAACCCUAUGUAUGCAAGCAAUGUGGGAAAGCCUAUGUUGCACACAGAGAUUAUAAAACACACGUGAAGACUCACACUGGGGAGAAACCGUAUGUAUGUAUGCAGUGUGGGAAAGCUUUCUGUGGAAGAUCAGGUUGGAAAAUACAUGAAAAGAUGCACACUUGCAAGGAACCCUAUGUAUGUAAGCAAAGUUAA